AUGGCGCUACCCGGUAUCUUACUCGUGAGGCUGAGAGCGCUGUGCAAUGUCGGCAAAUGUGUUCACACAGGAGGCAAAACAGCGUCCAAGUGGGGCAGAGAAAUGCGGUGGUAUCGGACAAAUGGCAAGACCUCUCGGGAACACAACACGUCGUAUUUCCAGACGAAACAAGAUAACGUUAGCCCGAACCUCAUGAAGGAGUUUCCAGAUCCCAAAAACCUCUUGUACAGCACCAUCUCUCGUUCAUUGGGAGUCGGCGACGUAACCCAGUUCAUCCAGUAUAGUUGCACGGAGGAGGCAGGCGUCAAGAAAGCCAUAGUCUCUGUGCUGCCCUACAAGAUAGAGGAGGAGGGUUAUGCCUCCAGGAAGGGCGAUGCAGAACGAUUUGCUGCAGCUGCUGCUUGUCAAAAGCUUAAAGAAAUGGGUGUGAUUGGUCCAGGAAAUCGGCUCCCAAAGAGGGGGGUUGGCAGGGGGAGACAUUCACCUCUUCAUGAUGUCGAGGAGGAUUCCUGGACAUAUAAUAAUCAUGUGUCCAGAGAUGGUCCCAAACAAUUGCUCCCUCCCACAGAAAACACAUCUGACAUCUUUGAAGCUCUUUCUCUGUUUCCUCACCCUAAAUCUCUCCUGACCAGAGUCAUUCAGGUGGCCACAUCAACCAAUCGAAUCAAGGAGCUUAUAGAGUUCAGAACGACAGGAGGGAAGGUAAAGAGGAGCACACUGACCCUGCACUGGCCGGAGAAGAUGACAUUCAUGGCGACAGCAAGCGGUCGAGCGGCAGCAGAGGCGAGAGCUGCAGCUCUUGCCUGCAUGAAACUGAAAGAGCUGGAGCUGCUGGAUAAAGACAACAACCCGCUGACUCAUGCCAAGUACCACCGUGAGCAAGUGAAGGAGGCAGGAGAGCGGGAGCGACGUCCCCUCACGCUGGAAGUCCCAGAACACCUGAACGAACAUAUAAGAGAAUACCUGGCACAGUACCCAGUGGCAACAGAAGUACAGAAAAUAUGGGAGGAAGAAGAGGAGAGAGGACAGCAGACAGCAAACCAGGAGGAUGAAGAGGAAGAUUUGGUGACAGAUGCCAUCACAGGCAGGCUACACAAACCUUUGUCAGAACAAGAGGCCAAGCAGCUCAAUACCCACCUGCAGGAGGAAUGGCACAAGGCAAACCCGGGGCUCGCUGUGGAGCUACCAGUUGAUGCCCACCGACAGCGCGUGGUCUCUGCAGUACAGUCCUCCAGGGUGGUUGUGAUUGCUGGUGAAACGGGAUGUGGCAAAACCACACGGAUCCCACGUUUCCUGCUGGAGGAUUGUGUGAGAGGUGGAAGGGGAGCAGAGUGCAACAUCUUGGUGACCCAGCCUCGUCGGAUCAGUGCUGUGUCAGUGGCUCAUCGCGUUGCUCAGGAGAUGGGACCAGCUCUGAAACGCUCUGUUGGAUAUCAGGUGAGACUUGAGAGCCGACCACCUGAGCAUAGCGGAGGAGCCAUGCUCUUCCUCACAGUGGGCGUCCUGCUGAGGAAGUUGCAGUCGAACCCCCUCCUGAAGGGGAUCAGUCACGUGGUGGUGGAUGAGGUCCAUGAAAGAGAUAUAAACACAGACUUGCUGCUGGCCCUGCUGCGCACCAGUUUAAAGGAGAACCCUGAUCUACGAGUGGUGCUCAUGAGCGCUACAGGAGACAACCAACGGCUGGCUCAGUACUUUGGAGGCGCCCCAAUCGUAAAGGUGCCUGGAUUCAUGCACCCGGUACAAGACAGAUACCUGGAGGAUAUUCUGAGGGAGUUGGGACGCUCACUGCCGGUCAGUGACACAAGGAAGCCAUACAGGCAGGAGGGAAGAGAUGAGGUUACACCAGAUCUAGAUUUAAUAGCUGAUGUAAUCCAGCACAUUGACAAACACGGAGAGCCAGGUGCAGUGUUGUGUUUCCUCCCUGGGUGGCACGACAUCAAGGCAGUUCAAGAUAAACUUGAGGAGAAGCCCCACUUUUCCUCAGGCUCGCAGAUGAUACUGCCAUUGCACUCUAGUUUAUCAGUGGCAGAUCAGCAGGUGGUGUUCCAGCGACCCCAAGAGGGCCGGAGGAAAAUUGUCCUCGCCACCAACAUUGCUGAGACCUCCAUCACCAUAGAUGACAUUGUACAUGUGGUGGAUGCAGGAACUCAUAAAGAGCAGAACUAUGACACACGAACUAAGGUAUCAUGUCUGGAUACAGUUUGGAUAUCUCGAUCCAACGUCACUCAAAGAAAAGGGAGAGCAGGGCGGUGUCAACCAGGACAGUCCUACCACCUGUUUCCACGGAAACAACUGGAAUCCUUGAGUCCCUUUCCCAUUCCUGAGAUCCUGCGCACACCCCUGGAGAGUCUAGUACUUCAGGCCAAAAUACACAGUCCUAACUGCAAGGCUGUAGACUUCUUAUCCCAAGUGUUGGACAGUCCAGAGUUAGAAGCUGUGAGAGAUGCUGUCCAUAAUCUACAAGAUAUUGGUGUUCUGGACAAGACAGAAGCCCUUACACCUUUGGGCGAGCGCGUUUCUCUCAUGUCAUGUGACCCUCGGUUGGGCAAAGUGCUCGUCCUUAGUGCCAUAUUCAGAUGUGCUCUGCCCAUGCUGUCUAUAGCUGCCUGUCUGACCAGAGACCCCUUCUACAACAGCCUGCAGAACAGAGCACUAGUCAACAAGGCUAAAGAGAGUCUUAGUGGCACGAGCUAUAGUGACUACUUGGUGUUCAGUAGAGCUGUGAUGGGCUGGAGGAGACUUCAGCAAGAGGGGGACAGAGAGGACAGAGACGAAUAUCUGGACAAAUACACUCUGUCCAGGAAUAGCCUUCGAUUUGUCAACGGUCUCAUCUCUCAGUUCAGCGAGAACCUGCAUGAAGCCGGGUUGGUUUCUCGUGCUAGUGAGUGCCAUCGUCAUAUGUCUCUCUACAAUGAGCACAGCAACCAGGAUGGGCUGCUUAAAGCUGUGCUGCUGGCUGGUCUCUUUCCCAACCUCAUUCAGGUGAAGAAAGGUGUUGUGACCAAGGGGCGCUUUCGUCCCAACAGUCUGUUUUUCCAGACACUCAGCGGACCAGUCCUGCUUCACCGCUCCUCAGUUAACAGAGGUAAGGAAGAGCUCCCUAGUCGUUGGUUGACCUUCUUUAGUGCCAUCAAGUCAAAUGGGAAUGUUUUCAUCAGAGACUCCUCUGCAGUCCAUCCACUUGCCCUGCUGCUGCUCACAGACUGUGACAUCACAGAAAUAGUGAGUGGAGACAGAGUGCAAGUGACAUUUCCUGGACGCUCUCUGAUGCGCUGCGAGAUGUCAGUUGAGAGCUGGGAGCUGCUAUGGGAGAUGCGCACUUCUAUUCAGACCAUGUUGUACCGCAACCUCAACAAUCCCAGCAACGCAGUCACCAACUCGUCUCAAGAUGGGAAGCUCCUCUCCUUACUUGUAGAGCUGCUCAACAAUACAGACUCAAACCCUUGUGCUCAGAAUCACGACAGUGACAGUGAAGUGGAUUGAUGGCAACUUUUAUGUUGAAUCUGCUGGCUGGUACACAGGACCUAAAGAAGAUGGUAUCUCAUUUGUUUUUGUUUUUUAAUUUAAAGAUAUGUUGAGUACUUUUGUGAGCACGUAAUGCACUGCAUUAAUCAGGACUCUUGAAGAGCAGAAGUGGACUUUUGCCUCCUACUGUUACU